AUGUCUGGUACCGUUACAUCCCUACUAAAUAGGUUUACGGUAACCAGUGUAGUAGGAGAUGUCACUAGGAAUCUGUUGGUGCCGAAGAUUCAUAGUGUGGUUUAUAAAAGAUCAAUAUUUGUCGCCAGUAAAAAGAGACAUCCUAGAAAAGAAGUACCUCAGCAGAAAUAUAUUGAAAGAUUAGAUCUACAAAAGGAAGCGGAUUAUAAUCGUAAGAUCAAAGAGAUAAGGAGUUUGACAGCCAAAGUGUCGAGGAUAGUUCAGAAGAAGGAAGAUCAACGGAAGAAAUAUGAAAAGAUAUCGAAUCUUCCUUUACCUUCAGAUAUAGAGAAAGAGACCGAUGAGAUAUAUCAGGCCAUAGCUGGAAGUGAAGAUUUUGGGAGUGGAGGUUCUGUAAGUGGGGCUUUGGAUCCUGGGGCCCCAGAAAGUGAUGUCUUAGAUGUGGGAGCCUCUGUUAAAGAAACCUCAGACAGUGAAGCCCCCACCACUAAAUACUCAUCUUUGAUCUCCCCUGUCAUCAACCUCCCUCCUUCUAUUGAAGAAAGAUUGGGUCUUUCAGUUAAAUUUCUCAUCUCAGAAACCCAUCAGAACUGGCCCUUGAUCAUCCAAUCACUCAAAAUGAGUGGUGGUUUCAAAGACUUGGAUGCUAAAGAUGUGAGAAAGUUCAUCUACAACAUCCCCAAAACUCAUCUCCAAUCCAUAAUCCCUGAUAUCCAAGCUAUGCUUAAAGAAGCCAAAAUCAGAACUACCAGUAGCAUCAUAAACACUUUCAUCGAAAGUUUAUCGUUAGGUAGAACCAUUAGUCCAGAGACUCUUGAAACCAUUGAGGACCAGGUCGCUAGGAUCAGAAAAUCUUCCAAGAAAGGAAUCCUUCCAAAACAUACAUACGAAAUAAUGGUCAAAGUCUAUGGGAAAGUUGGUGAUGUGGAUAAAAUCAAUACCUUCUUGAGUGAAAUGAAACACAACGAUAUCACCAUCAGUCCUGUAGUGUAUAACAAUGUGUUGAGGACCUUGGUUUAUAAAUCUCGUAAUCAUAAGGAAGCGGUGGCUGUUUUUGAUACCAUGACGUUCUUAUCUGUAGAAACCAAACCAGGAACUGAUGCUUAUAAGGAUAUCAUUGUAUCUUAUGUUAAUAAUAAUGAAGUUGAGAAAGCUUUAGAUUUAUAUCAGGAAAUGUUGAUUUCAAGAACACCGGUAAACCAAGAAAUCUUAGUGGCUCUUGCCAGAGGUUGUUCAACCAGUAAAACUCUUAGAUUCAAAUCCUGGGAAUUUAUCUUUGAUAUCUAUGCAAACAAUUGGACUCCCACAUUAGAAACCUUAGAGUAUAUACUUUAUUUGGCUGCUAGAGAUGGAGAUGUUGCUAUGGCUAGAGCUUUAUUCAAAAGACUUUGUUCCAUUGGUUCUACUUCCAGAAAAUCCUUCACUUUCCUUCUAAUGAGUUAUUCCAAAUCUAAAAUCACUGAUAAAGAUGCUGAACCAUAUUCUAUCUUAUACCAUGAAAAGGGUAGAAAUUUCCGGGUCAAUUUGAUUAGUCAAAGUUUAGGUCAAUCUUUAACUUCCCAACCACCUAAAUAUCAAAUCCCCUUACUUCCCUUAGAAGAUUUAACUACUUCCGAGCAAAUAAUGGCAGAAUCUUCAGCUAUUUGGGCUCAUUGUUUAGCUUUCAGUCCCGAAUUCAUCCACACUGAUGCUUAUAAUACUUAUUUAAACAUUGCAGCUGAACUUGGUAAAUUCGGAGAAUUCAAAGAACGGUACGGUUUUUCUACUUUGGUCGAUGACCCUGCCAUCAAUAACACCAGGAUUAUUAUCGAAGAACCUGAAGAAUCUGGAGAAUCUGAAGUACCUGAAAGUUCAACCACAAACACAAGCUUAACUACCUCGCCAUUACUUGAAAUGAUGAAGAAUCAACCUAAAAUCACUAGAACUACCCUUACCUACGUCAUUGCUUUGAAGACUGCCGGGAGAUUCAGAAACUAUAAAUUCGCUCAAGAGGUUUGGCAAGAAAGAGGAAGAUUUAGGAAAUCCCAACAAUUCAGAUCCCUUCCUAUUGUCGAUAAAGAUAAAUAUGAUUUCCAAUUCGCCAAUGAAAUGGUCCAAUCAUUAACUAAAAUGGGAUUAUAUGAUGAUGCUUUAGCCAUCAUCUUAAGUACGGAAUAUCAAUUCAGUUGGUCAUGGACUCAGUUGACUCCAUUAUAUGAACUGUGUGUCAAAAUAGGUAAAGAAAAGGCCACUCAAAGUUUAAGAGGAAUAGCCAAGAGAGCUCAAAUCAGAUUCCAAGGUAAAAUCAGAAGAAAGGACUAUAAAGAAUACCGUUUAAAAAGAGGUUAUUAG